UUUUUUUAUAUAUGUUGUUAUCUCCAUACAAAUGGCAAAGUAGAGAUUUUGUAUACCAAUUUAUAUUCAAUUUAUUGUUAGCUAUAUAAAAUACUAAAUGUAUAUGAAAAGUGAAAAUUUAAAUACAUUGUAUAUAGUCGCGUAAAACGUUGAACAAACAGUAUAAGGGUAAAAACGAAUUUAAGGGUAAAAAGCAGCCCUUUCAUUCAGAAAGUAUGGAUUGUAAUAAGGAGUGUUAUGUAUUUUUAGAUUUUGCUUUUAAUAAGGUCAAAGCUGGACGAGUGGUGAUAAAACUGUAUAAAGACAUAGUUCCCAAGACUGCUGAAAACUUUAGAGGCUUAUGUACUGGAGAAAAUGGAAUUGGACAUCAGGGAAAGCGACUCCAUUAUAAAGGAACUAGGAUUCACAGAGUUAUCCCACAAUGUAUGGUACAAGGUGGCGACAUUAUUUAUGGAAAUGGAACAGGAGGUGAGAGUAUAUAUGGACAGUACUUUCCCAGUGAAAAUCAUGAGCUAAAGCACACAGAAGAGGGCAUGGUAGGAACAUCUAAUAAUGGUUUAAACAAGAAUUCGUCUCAGUUCUAUAUCACUACAGUGCCCUGUCCCCAUCUGGACGACGAAAACGUCAUAUUUGGAAAAGUAGUGAAAGGGCUCGAUAUUAUUAAGGAUAUGUCUGAAAUUCCUAGAGUAAAUGAUAUUCCACAAGAGGAAAUUUUAAUAACCGAUUGCGGUGUUCUAAAACCGAAUGAGCCUUGGAAUUAUGAAGAAAAUGAUGGGUCUGCAGAUGUAUACCCCCCAUGGCCCAAUGACUGGGAAGGAACUUUAAAUAAAGAAGUCGUAAAUGAAGUCAUAAAUAAUAUUAAUGAGUCGGGGAAUACAUAUUUUUACGAGGGAAAGUAUUUAGACGCCGAGAGAAAGUACAAAAAAGUAUUGAGAUAUAUCGCUUGGUAUUUAGAAAAAACGAAUAACAAACGCGGAACUGACUUUUCGGAUAUUCGAAAUGCGGCGUUACUAAAUUUGACGGCAGUCAAACUUAAAAUAAACAGAAAUAAAGAGGCUCUAGAGUUCUGCAAUGAAAUUAUAAAGGAAAACCCGUGUAACGGCAAAGCAUAUUACAGACGGGCGAGGGCUAAACUAGGUCUAAAAGAGUACGAUGAAGCUCUUAAAGAUUUGAAAAUUGCAUAUAAAAUACAUCCAAACGAUAUACACAUUAAGACCGCGUUUGAGACGACAAAAAAGAAAAAGUUAAAUUAUUUAAAGAGGGAAAAAAUAUUUUUUUCAAGAGUAUUUAGCCAGUAAGUUGUACUUGUUUUAGUCGUUGUUGUUAUUGAUGUUUUAGAUUUUAUGAAUAAAGAUUUAUUAAGUA